AUGCCGUUCGGAGCGUCGAUGGAUGCAUGGGCAUCCUACUACGACUACCAGAGCGACGAGAUCGAGGUGGACGACGCCGUCGGCUCGGCACGCGCCUCUUCCGAGCUCGACUUUACAGAGACACACCGGAAGAGCGGACACUUGGGUGAGAUCCGUCUCGAGUCGCUACCGCCUAGCUCGGUGCCCAACGCACAGCUGCAGCCCAUCGACGAGCUGUACAGUCAGCUAUUUCCUGUCGCCCAACAGCAUCCUAGCCAGCAACACGACACACUCAAAACGACCACAGACUCUGCCCCUUUGAAUCCAGCUGAAGACCGAAUAUCGACUCGGACCGACUCGUGUUCAGCUCGGCAAGCUUCGGUAAACCCCCUUGGUCCAUCAGGACGAGCUGAAGAGACUUUCAGCUACAAUGCCACGCCGCCACUGGCGCUGAUCGAACGGCGCAUGGCCAAGACAUGGAUCGGACUUACGUGGGGAGAGAUCAAGCUGCUAUCACUUGCCGGCGCAGGCUUCCUUGUGGACGCAUACGACCUAUUUGUGAUCAACAUGAUCUAUCCUCUCUUGCUGCUCGCAUACUAUCCGCCGGGGACACGCAAUAUCGAGUGGGGUCUAUCCGGGGGUGUUCUCAAGGCGUCGGCUAGCAUGGGCAAUGUGAUCGGACAGCUGCUGUUCGGAUUCCUGGGCGACUUUUGGGGUCGUUCCGUGCUGUAUGGCAAAGAGCUCAUGCUUGCCAUGGCGGCGAUUGUGCUUAUCAUCUCGGCUCCCGACUCGAUUCACGGCAUGGGCGUGACGAUCUGGAUGGCCGUCUUUCGCUUCAUGCUUGGACUGGCUGUGGGCGCCGACUACCCGUGCACGGAUAUCCCGCAGGGAUAUCCGUGCACGGGUAGUCGUCAGGGAUAUCCGUGUGCGCUCGCCUCAAUUCGUCAAGUUCACGCUAUGGCAGUCAUGAGUGGUCGACAAGUGGCUAGCAUCACCUGGUCCAUGAGUGCGUAUCUGCCCUCUGGAUGCUGGCUGGCUGGCUGGCGCAAGGGCGGUGGAAUAGGAACCAAGGCCUCGCUCGUGCUCGCUCGGCCUCGCUCGCUCGCUGGCUGUCGAACGCUCGCCCAGCUCGACGGAUGCGAUCCGACUCGCCCUCCCUCUCGUCUCGUCCUUACCGGUCUGCUCGGCAAGCGUGAUGGCCGAUGGCACGCCCAGAUGUGA